AUGUGCUCCAUGAAGAAAUGCGCCUUAGUUUUUCUUACCAUUGCAACCUUUCUGGUCUUUGCGGGAGCUGCUGUUUUCUUUUACUUCGGGCAGUUCGCGGACGAGAGCGUCUUCGAUUUCCACGUCUAUAAUCUAACAUCGGAACUGUUCGCGAAAUAUCCCGUUGAAAUCACACCAGCAGAAUGGACUCUUUGGACGUGGACAGCCGUGUUCGGCUGGCAGUUGCUUUGGCUGUGUUAUGCGCUGAUCUUGAUGUGCCGUUGGAACGGCCCCGAAGUCCUAACGCCGUUUUUCUUCGUCUUCACCCUGCUAGGGUUCGGUUGCAUGCUCGGUUGGAUGUUGUUAUGGGGCGAAGAUCUCAUCAAUAUCGCUCUGGGAUUAAUCGCUGGUACGGUUGCUUUCCUGUGUGUAGCCCUUGGUAUCGCCUACUAUCGAGUAUUUACUCUGCGCGAUGGAAUGAAAAACUUUCCAACCGGCGACUGGAUAGCGGUCGAAGUGCUCGUCUUGAACGGAGUGGCUCUGUUUGCAUCUUGGGCGCUUUACAACGCCUUCCAAGGCGUUGCAAUCGUUCUGAAGUACACGGCUGAAGUAGAAGAUGAAAUCACCUGUACCAUAGUCCUUGCCGGCUUUGCAGCUACUCUCUUUUUCUGGUUUUGUUUGGACAACUUUGUAUUUUGGCAGUUCAGUCUUUUUACUGUCACUCCUUACGCACCCAUGAUCGUUGGCUUCACGGGAACUCAUAUGGAAAAUUGGAAUGAGGACAAGAGAAAUUCGAUUUUUAAUGUCUCGUUGUUAGGCGCUUGUUCUUUGAUGCUAUUGCUAAAAAUAAUCCAUGUCAUUUGGCGGAUCCGGAGAGAUAGAAAGAAGAGCAAGCGAAUUGUAAUCGAGGAGAAUAUAAACAUGAUUUAA